CGCAAUCAUAGAGUCACAUUUACGCAAAUUUCGUCCUGUUAUUCGACUCAAGUUUCAUUAUGAUGUUUGCUGAUACGAAAAACAGUUUGGACGACGAGUCAGGUUCGGACUGGGACGACCUUAAAGUUCCGUCGGCUGCCGACCCGUCCUCGAAACGUACCUUCCAUGGUCUUCAACCGUUGCCUCCUGCGCAUGCUCACCAACCUGAACCUCCUAAACCAUCGCAGGGCAAGCGAAGAUUUCGACAGCACAAACAGUAUGGUGCAAAGAUAGAACAAGAACGAAAUUUAUCAACGUUUGGACAAGAUGGCUUGCAUUCAAGAGAAGAGACUGUUUUGAAUGGCCGUCGUCACUAUGGUGACCAGCCUCCAUUUGAUUUUAGAGGGAACGUCACUCCUAUUGCUCACGUGACUCAUAAAGCGAAACCGGGAAAACCAGUCAAAAACCCGUAUGUUACACAAUCUCAUUCAUUUGAUAGAAAUGACAAUACUUGGGAUAGUGAUGCAGAUGAAGGAAAACUAAGUGAAACACAAGAGAGAGGAAUUGAGUCUGUUGUAGUGCAGGAUGUUGAUAGGAAAAUGUCUGCAGCAGGCAGUCGAGAUGUAAUGGUGAUGAGUACAGAGGAAAGGGAAGACGAGAGAAAAGACAACAUGUUGUCUCAUCUUGUUGAACGACCUUCAACAGUUAGUUCUGUUAGAAUGCUAGAAAAAUUGUCAAUUGAGGAAGAGAGGAGAGAAGAACCAGAGGAAGAAACACAAUUGGGGAAACAAGACUAUGAGAGACACUUUCCUCUUCUGUAUUAUCAGGAGGACUUAUCUAACUGCUAUUCGUCUCGUGACAACUCUGAUGCUGUUAUGAUGAGCGUAGCAGACAAAUCAGAGCAUUAUAUUCGUCGCUUGUGGCAGGAAGUGUUUGGUUUUCUUCGACUUUUAGUCGAUUUUGUCAUUGUGUUCUUCAUUGAGCUGCUGCGUUUUCUUCUACAGACAUUCUUUCAUCGCUGUGUGGCAGCCAUGGCAAACCUUCUCUCAAAUCAUAUUGUGAGGCCUGUCUUGUCAGCCACUCAUAAUGUCAUCAUUCAGCCACUUGCUGUCUUGCUCUUUAUGAUUGGAAGAGCUGUUGGACACGUGAUUAAUCCAGUGCUUGACAUACUCAAUAAGAUAGUUUACAUUCUUGCUGUUCCGUUGAAGGCAUUUAGAUUAGUGGAAAUAAACUGGAAGAAGGAAGCCACAGAGCAUGUGUAGGUGGCCAUUCAUGCAGAGUUAUUCAGUUCUUAGCUUCAGUGUAGUGAUGUAUUGCAUAUACAUUCAGUGCUGUACAGUUUGUAUUAUAGAAAUUUAGUCUAUGCAUUAGCGAAUAUCUUCUACUAUUUAUCGCAAGUAAACAGUUUUCAC